UUUCAAUCUUGUUUGUUGGUCUGUCACGAGUCGGUUUUUAUAAGAUUGUGCUGAUAUCGUGCGGAGUGAGGCGUGUGUGUAAUAAGGAUGACGUCACAAAUACACCAAAGGCGUAAAGAUAAAGGCAAGACUGAUGACGUCACGCCCCCAAAAUACUUCGACCCCCUGAUCGAAGGUGUGAAGUGGAUAGAAAGAUAUUCUGGCCCUCUGGACAAAUUCUUCGAAAAGCUACCAGAAUCUAUCAGCACUUUUGUGGCAACGCUCGCUGUUUUUACGUUCGGGUCUGUUCUGAGAGGAGAAUGGGUGGUAAUAUUAGUGACAGCACUGAAACAAGCGACUGGACAUACCCAGACUGGGAGGAACACCAGCUCUGAAGAUAUUUACCAGCUGUUCACACUGGAGAAGCUGAAGAUGGAGAACUUCUUUACUGUGUUCAUUGGAGCUCAUUUGGUCUCUUACAUUAUUUACUUUUCGAUUGGAGGAUUUUUGCAUUAUUAUUACUACGUCAACAAAAGACAUUUGGCUCACGAAUGGAAGAUCCAGCCUAACAAAUGGUUGCCGCCGGACCUUGAACGCCAUGAGAUAAUGAUGAGUGUUAUAGCCCUGUUCGUUACUGGGACCUUCUCGGCGUUCCUAGCUACGUACAUCUUCAAUGGGAACCCCUCGACUGUGUACUAUCAGUUCGAUGAGUUCGGAUGGUGGUGGUUCUUCUUGCAGUUUCCUGUUAUCUUCAUUUAUAUGGAUUAUGUCACCUACAUUCUCCACCGAAUGUAUCACACGCCGUUCCUCUACAAGCACUUCCACAAACUACAUCACAAGUACAAGCAACCAACUGCGUUUUCCGUGGCCGCCAUCCACCCGGUGGAAAUCUUGCAUAUACAGAUGACGUUGUCAUUACCGCUCUUCACUAUUCCUGUACAUUGGUUCGCAUUCUACGCGAUAGCGAUCUACAAUUACACCCACGGGAUUCUGGACCAUUCUGGAGUCAACUUCAAGGCUCAAUGGUGGCAGCCUUGGCAACCUGAUGCCGAGUUCCAUGAUAAGCAUCACGAGUUCUUCCACUGCAAUUUUGGAUUCAACAUGACAUUGUGGGAUAAGUUACACGGUACAGUGAGAAAACAACACCAUCUGUAUACCGAGAACACCUACCAUGGAGAAGCGAAGCCGUUAGACUCCAACGAAGCACAGGCUCUAGUUGAAAGUGACCCCGAGUUGCAGGAUCUGGUCAAAAACAUUGAGAAGUACGAUGGAAAGUAAGAUGUGGAUUGUAAAAUUAUUAUACUAGUCAGCUAUGUGGAUGAUAUGAUUAUUGUGGCAUCUACAAAUUAGUAGACAUAUGUAGGUUAGUAUAAAUUUUAUCGGUUGUACCAUAGAUAAGUAGAAUUUCUUUUAAAAGCUUAUGGCUCUUUUAUACUAUUUAGAAUCUGUAGAUGGUUGGCUAAGAUGCUAUAUUUUUUUUAUUUAUUGAAUUUAAUGUAAAAUAUUUCACGUAUAUUUUUCAAUGCCUGAAAAUUGUUUGAAUGGUAUUCCUGAAAAAAAUUUCUUGCUCCAUUCUUUCAACUCUAUAAACUUGGGAUUCUUCUUUUAGACGAUGAGCUAGCAACCUGUCACUAUUUGAAUCUCAAUUCUAUAGGCCAAACGGCUUAACGUGGCCAGCCAGACUUUUAAGACUGCUGGCUCUGUAUACCCCACAAGGGAUGUAGACGUGAUGCUAUGAAUCUCAAUUCUUUCAUUAAGCCAAACAGCUGAACGUGGGCUGUCAACCUUUUAAAAUUGCUUGCUCUCUCUAGCCCACAAGGUUUAUAGACGUGAUUAUACGAUGAUGAUGAUACUUUGAACUCUUUGAUAAUAAAUAAACACAACCUUUAGUAUUGUAACAAUGAUAUUUAAUUAUAAUUUUCUACGUGAAUUAAAAUAAGUAACAUAGGUCUUCAAUGUACCAUAAACUUAAGUAAUAUAAUUCUAUGUAUAAUAUACACAACAUGUGAAUAAUGUGUUGCACAAGUCUUGGGUAGUGUUCUAGCAGAUUUGUUCUUUAUAUUUUUUAUUAAUACAUACAUAUAAUCAUGCCCAAAUCUCUUGCUGGGUAGAAAGAGACAACAGUCUCUAAAAAACUGAUAGGCCACGUUCAACUGUUUGGCUUAAUGAUAGAUUUGAGAUACAAAUAGUGACAGGUUGCCAGCCCAUCGCCUUAAAGAAGAAUCUCAGGUUUAUAAGUCUCUUUUUUAGUAAUAGUGUAGUUACUCAUGUAAGUGUGUUAAUAGAUAAACCGUUAAGCUAUAAUUUUCAUCGAAAGUAUAAAAUCGUAAAGUAAAAUUUAAAAUAUUAUUAUAUUUUUCAUGUCAAUGUAAGUUUACGACAAAAUAAUUUGGUAAACUUGAAGAAAUCCCAGUUGGGAUAAGUCCGCCAUUGUAUAUAUUCUUCUUACUCCAAUGAUUGUUUUGUAUUUUUUUACUAUUUAAUUUUAUGUGCAAUAAAACAGUUUACAAAUAAACAAAUAAUAAAUGUCUAACAUCAAAGGAAUACUAAAAUUUUUCUAAGCUUGAAA